UCGUCAAACAGCGACCUGGGCGGACGGCCGGCUGCCCGCCCCUGUCACCCCGAGAAGACCGCGGCCUCCGCUCCCGCGGCCCGCAGCCCUCCGCCUGGCGGGGUUCCCGCGCGCUCGGGACCACGCCUCCCCUUCCCGGUCGGCCGUCCGGAGACACGUGACGGGGCGUGGCACCGUCCCGGAGCUCGACGGCCGCGGGGACGCCCGAGGCCGCAUGGACGUCCUGGCGCUGGGCGCGUGGCGGCGGCGGAGGCCGGCGGAGCUACUGGCUGCGGGGGACGCGAAACGGGCCUGCAGGAGAUCAGGAGUCAGUGAGCACGAGUGUGGUUGCCAGCGUGUGGGCACUUGCACCGUGGCGUCCUGGAACACCGAGGACCAGCCGGCUCCGCCACGAGGCUGUGCCCCGGCACCUCCACCUGAGGGCGGCCAGGGAGGGCUGUGCCCAGAGACUCCUCAGCACAGUGGAAGGAGCUCAGCCCAGCCUUGCCCAAGAUGCAUUGCAGGGGAAUCCGGGCAUUUUAACCACACCAGGGACCGCUAAAGAGCAAGCUGCAAAUGAGAAGAUUCUAGUCUGUGUGAUGGCCAAUGCAAACCCCUUACAGAUGGGCACCCACCGGUCAGUAGCGGCCUGGCGGGCUGCUCUUUGCUGGCCAGUUGUUUGUUUGUCUUCUUGUUCAGGUAAUCUUUAUCUUCUGCGCACGAGCCAGAGGCCUCCCUGUCACUUCCAACCUCCCUUGAAAUGUGCUGGAGUAGGGAGAUCAAUUGUACUAUUUAAAAGUUAAAAAAAAUUCUGCACCAAACUCCCCAUGAUGUUUGGGAAUAAUCGUAUCCAGAUGUACAGUAGCUCUGUUUUUAUACUUUCCCAUUGUUUGAGGAUGUAUCCAGGGCUGCUUGCAUACCCUUUUUAAUUAAAAGACUUAUUUUUAUAUUUAAAAUGUUCUGUAAUCUCAAAGUGAAUUUUACUAAGUACUAGUCCUGUUCUGUGUAAUUUUACAGGGACACAACACAUUUUAUAUUAAAAUGGAAAUUGCUUAUUUUCUCUUGA